AUGCCGAACCCUGCGCUUCCCGCCCAGGAGACCCCGUCCUCCAAUCAGCACUUCGGUGAUCCCGACAGAGAUAGCGCUGAAUAUUCAUCUGCUGCCGAUUCCGAUAAUGACCAUCUCGGAAAUGGAUCGGGCGCUAGAGCUCUGAAACGAAAACGUCCUCUAACUGUCUCAUGUGAGCUUUGCAAGCAGCGAAAGGUCAAAUGCGAUCGAGUACAGCCAAGCUGUGGCUGGUGCACCCGCAACGGUCAGGUAUGCGAGUAUAGAGAACGAAAGAAGCCCGGCCUGCGCGCUGGGUAUGGAAAAGAGUUAGAGCAACGGCUCGAUCGGUUGGAAGAUAUCAUCCAAUCGCAAGCCCGCCUCAUUGAGAUGCAUAUCCUGCAGAAACAGAACCCAAUGGGUCAUGAGUUACCCCACACAGGCCCACUUUCAUAUAGCUCUCCAUCAGAGCCAUCAGCAGCCCAUGGCCCCAGUCCGCGUACUGCUCUCUACUUCAAUGAUCCUCCAUCUGCAGUAACACUACCUUCCCGACGCGCAGAUGUGUCUAUCACCAGUCCAUCUGAUUCAUCAGUCAGGAAUACAGCGCAGAACCACAUGCAAAAUGGCAUGCAAGCGGCACCGGUAGGCACACUGUUACAAGGUUCCAAUCCACAGCAAGAUUACACAGGGAAUGAAUCGUCCCUGAAGGUCCCGGUCAACAUAUUCUCAAAUCAGGAACAGUCUUUUGCUGAUCCAGAUCUUGAUUUGCCACCGUAUGACCUGCUGUAUGCUUUGGUGGAUCUUUAUUUUGAGCAUAUUAAUUCCUGGUGUCCCAUUCUUCACCGACGAACGACCCUGGAUACCUUCUUUGGGCCAUCACCACUGGAUGAAGCAGACCGGAUGGUUCUUUAUGCCAUAGUAGCCACGACAUUGCGGUUCUCUUCCGAUGCCAGACUGAAUGAUCAAAACCGCAAACGCUAUCAUGACUCAUCUAAACAAAAGGUGCUUCUGUAUGGUCUGGAGAAUUCAUCUGUCAAGGCCCUCCAAGCUCUUGUUAUUCUGGCCCUCGAUUUGGUUGGAUCUUCCAAUGGUCCACCUGGUUGGAAGCUGCUCGCCUUGAUCACCCGGUCAGUAGUCCAGUUGGGACUGGCAGUGGAAUCCAAAUCUUCCCUUAUCAACCCAGUCUACCCCUCCAUAUACACCCUCAGAGCUGUCACUUUGUCAGAGCCAGAUUCGUGGAUUGAAGACGAAAGCAGACGUCGAUUGUUCUGGAUGGUCUAUCUGCUGGACCGAUACUCAACUCUAGCAACAGCAUUCAACUUUGCUCUCGAUGACAAAGACAUUGACCGAAAGCUCCCUUGCAAAGAUGAUUAUUUUAUGAAGAACCAACCUGUCGAGACACGUUGGUUCCAUUAUAACAGUGACCGCACAGAUUAUCUCAGCCAUGCAGAGAAUGUUGGUUCUUUCGGUCUCUAUAUGGAGGUCCUGGGGAUUCUCUCGCGAAUUCAUCUGUUUUUGAAAAGGCCCGUGGAUAUUGGAGCUCUGUCCGACGUUGAGGAAUGGCAGGCUACCUAUCGCAAGCUUGACAGUGAGCUCACUUCAUGGGAAUUCAAUCUUCCAGCAGAAUAUGCCUACGAGAAUUCAUCUCGACUUUUCAGCGGACCUAAGAAUGGGCGUUCCCCACACAGUGACUGGGUACAACUACACGCCACCUAUCAAACAGCCGUAAUCCGUCUGCACUCAUCAGCAGCCUACCCCACAACCCGGUCCCCAAUUUUCAUGCCCUCCUAUAGUGCCAGCCAGCGCUGUCUCCUAGCGGUCGAGAACAUCCUCUCAGUAACCCGCUUCGUUGUAGAGCACAACAUGCUUGACAAGAUGGGCCCGCCCUUCGCCUUCACCCUCUGGGUCUCAGCCCGUCUGCUCCUAGUGCACGGCUCAACAAUCGCUCACACCGUCAGCGCAGACAUUCUCUUCUUCGUCGACACCCUCUUCCAGCUGGGAAAAUACUGGAAAGUGGCAGAACGCUACAGCAACAUCCUCCAAAGAGUCCUGGACGAAUACAACGAAUAUCAACAAUCAAUCGCCCUAGACGGCGAACGCUCCACCCCAUCAACUGUCAAAAUCCUAGCGGACAUGCGUCGCUGUGCCUUCGAUCUGGAUUUCCUGAUUUCACGCCAACCACGUGAAUCACCUGCUGAAAGUGGAAGCCCGCCUCGGUCACAUCAACCCGCUAUGCAGCCGCGCAAUCUGGCACCUAAUGAGCUCGAAUACCUUGAUGUCUUUGGCUUCUUCAACGUGCCUCGUGUUCCGCCUGCUCGUGCACCUGAUUCUGGGGCCCAACCUUCUGGCUUGGGAAUGUCGGAUCAUGUUUCGAAUCCGAUGUCGAUUCAUGGAUUGACUGAUAUUGGCUCCGCGCAGCCGUCUGGGUCUGUCGUUGAUGGGCAUUCGAAUGCGAACGAGUUUAAUAUUACCAAUUAUCUUAUUCCGACACCCGAGACGGAUUGGUUGUUCCGUCCUUCUUGA